AUGAUCGCUGCGACCCGUUUCGGUACUGGCGACGCUGCUUCGAUAAUGGCGGGGGCGAACGCGGCGGCGGCGGCGGCUUUUGGCAGUCGAGCCGCGCGCGACGACCGCGCCGACGCAGCAGCGGCCCUCGCGGCGGUGGCGGCGGGGGGCGCUGCCUUCAAGCCGUCGCCAUUGCCGCGAUCGGCGGAAGUGGAGGUGCCUCAAGGGGCGCGCGAGCCGACGGGGGACGGCGCGAUCGGCGGCGGAGAGCCCGGGGCGACGGGAAGCUACUCCCGCUGGUGGUCCCCCGAGGAGGAUCUGAUCUUAUUGGAUCACGUGCGCAGCUACGGCACGCGGCACUGGGGCGUGCUCAAGGCGUCGGGGCGGCUGCCGCACCGCGACAACAAGGCCUGCUGCAACCGCUUCAUCCUCCUUAAAAAGCGCUACCUGGACCAAGAGGGCGCACCAGUCUAUCAUGGCCUUACCGAGCCGCUAUCUCAAGGACUCACCCCAGCCCUCCGAUCUGCGCACAGCCAAUCUGAGCUGUCCUUUCUCUCCCCCACGUCCCCCCAUGACACCACCGCCACCACAACAACCGCCUUGUCCUCCCCUGCCGCCAUCACCAGCCACCGCUCUUUCGCUCAUCCGCAUCACCCUCGCGGUUACCUGGUUACCAGCUCACCGCACGCCAGCACUGCCGCUGCUGCUGCUGCUUCUUCUGUUGUUGCUGGAUCGGCUGUUGCUUCGGCUGCUGCUGCUGCUGCUGCUGCUGCUGCUGGAGCGAUGGCUGGGCAGCCUCGGGGAUUGCCUUUCCCUGUAGGUUCGGAUCCCGGGCCUACCGCCGAGCCUUCUGGUGGUGCUGGCGGAUCCGCAGUGCGGGUUGGGCUAAGUGCGGCUUUUAGUAAGCCGGAGGCGGCGGAAGAGGAGUUAUGUGGGCUGGCGCUUACUGAAGGGGGCAAGUGGGAGGAGAGGAAGGGGGGGUUGGCGCAUGGGGGAAUGGCGCAUGGGGGAAUAGCGCAUGUUGAAAUGGCGCAUGGGGGGGUGAUGGAUGGGGCAAUGAUGGAUGCUCUGUUAGAAGCUUAUGAUGCUGGUGAUGGCAUGCAGAGCACACAGCAGGGCAUGGCAGGGGCACACGCAGCAGCGCAUGCCAUGUGGACGGGCGGUAGUCACGCCAUGUGUCGCGCUGCCAUUGGUGGCAGCAGCAGCGCAGCCACGGCAAUGCAUGGCGCAGGGAACAUGGGGAAGGGGGCCGCGCAUGGGGGGGGAGUGGGCGCGCAUGCAUGGGCGGUGGAGCGCGCCAUACGAGAGGGGCUGCGCCCACAUGCGUCCACGUCCUUCAAGACGGCUGCCAGGUAUGCAUCAUGA